CAACAGAGCUGAAGUUUAAUCAGAGAACCACCUGCUGAAGCAGAGUUAGUCCUGGCAAACAUGGAGAAUCAUCUCGCGAUCCUGGCGUUGUUUCUUGGCGUGUGCAUGUCACAGCUCGGGGGUUCACCGGCCCAGCAGUACUGGACGCCGGCCAACGCGACGUUCUAUGGCGGCGGCGACGCGUCCGGCACAAUGGGUGGAUCGUGCGGUUACGGCAACCUAUACGACGCCGGGUACGGGACCAACUCGACGGCGCUGAGCGCGACGCUGUACGGCGACGGCAAGUCGUGCGGCGCGUGCUACGUCAUCACCUGCGACGCCUACCACACGCAGUCGUGCAAGCCGGGGACGUCCAUCACCGUGACGGCCACCAACUUCUGCCCGCCCAACUGGUCCCAGCCAAGCGACAAUGGCGGCUGGUGCAACCCGCCGCGGCAGCACUUCGACAUGUCCCAGCCCGCCUGGGAGACCAUCGCCGUGUACCAGGCCGGCUUCGUGCCCAUCAAGUACGCCAGGACGGCGUGCCCGCGGAGGAACGGCGGCAUCCGCUUCUCCAUCACCGGCCAUGACUACUUCGAUCUGGUCCUCAUCAGCAACGUCGGCGGAAGCGGCGCCGUGUCGGCGGCGUCGGUGAAGGGUUCCAACACAGACUGGAUGCCCAUGAGCCGCAACUGGGGCUCUAACUGGCAGAGCAACGGCUACCUCACCGGCCAGAGCCUGUCGUUCCAGGUGCAGACGGAUGACGGCAGGUCCGUCACGGCGUACAACGUGGCGCCGGCAUACUGGAAGUUCGGCGACACUUACACGUCUUCCGUCAACUUCUACUAGUCGACCAUAUGCGCGCUAGCCUUGUACACUAGUCCAGACAUCUGCUGUCGCUAGUGCACGUCCACGUACUGUUUGUAGCUUGUAAGUUAUUUUUUAUGUGAAUUUAAUUUAUUUAUUUU